AUGGCCCAAUCAAAGUGGGUCGUAUUCGGCAUCAUCCUGGGUGCAGUGGCAGCUGCUGUACCUGUUUCGGCCAUCGCUUGUGGAGCCUCGAAGCAGGUCGUGGCAGGCGAUAAUUGCUGGGAUCUUCGUACCUCUGCUGGUCUCAACGAGCAAGUCUUCAAAGCGAUCAAUCCUAGUUUGGAUUGCAACAACCUGAAAAUUGGUCAACCGGUGUGCUUACAGCCAUGUCAAGAUUAUCAUGUAGUUGCAUCUGGGGAAAAUUGCUGGGAUAUCAGGAGCAAAGCAGGCAUUUCUCAGGCGCAGUGGGAUGCGUUGAAUCCUGCCUUGGACUGCAACACACUUCAAGUGGGUCAACCCAUCUGUGUGCAAAAUUGUCUGAGGCAAACUAAAUUGCAAUCCGGGGGCAGUUGCUGGGCAAUAACCCAGGAUGCGAAAAUAUCACAAAGCGAUCUUGACCGAUUGAAUCCGACACUGGACUGUGGUAAACUGCAAAUUGGGCAACAGAUGUGCACUGGCGCAUGUGCGAAUUACGAAAAGGUUGGCGGCGCAAUGAAUUCAUGCUGGGCCAUUCAAGAUAAACACAAGUUGGGUAGCGUGGAUAACUUGCUGAAGAUGAACCCAGGGUUGAACUGUAACACCUUGCAGGCAGGCGACCGUGUUUGCGUUAAGCUUGGUGCCCCCACUUCUCCUUUGAUCUGGCCUCCACCGGCUGCUCCUGCACCGCCAAAGCCGACACAGCCGCCGCCUACAUGCACAAAGACGUAUGAAGUGGUGUCAGGGGACACCUGUGAUUUGAUUGCCGAUAAAAACCAAUUGUCUCGGACAUUGUUCCAAUCUAUGAACGCAAAUGUCGAUUGCACAAAACUCUCAAUUGGCCAAAAGCUCUGCGUUGGUAACAGGGUGUCGCAUUGCCCCCAAGUAUACGUUGCUGUAGAGGGCGAUACAUGCGCAUCACUAGCUGCGAACUAUGGUUUAACAGUGGACGAGUUUCAAAAGAUCAAUGCUGGAUUAAAUUGUAAUGCACCGCUAGUAGGUGCCUCGCUUUGUAUGGGCAGCAAACCUGCUACAUGCAUCCAGUAUGUGACGGUUAAACCUGGUGACACCUGUUACGCCCUACAAAUGGCUGCCGGAAUCACUGAAGAAGAAUGGACCGCCCUCAACGGAUUUGGCCCUGGUCCUAAUCAGGUAUGCGGUGCAAAUCUUCAAGUUGGUACCCGUCUAUGCGUGCGAGGUCCAUACACGGGCUGCUCCGCCUUUGGACUUGCUGAGAGUGGAGAAACCUGCAAGUCUCUCACUGCAAAGAUGAAGAAACGUUUGGCUGACUUCCAGCAAGCUAACACCUGGUUAGAUUGCAAUAGACCAUUGGCGGAAGGAGAAAGAUACUGCAUCUCUUCGCGCAUGACUGCCGGCUGCCAAAAAAUGUACACCGUACAAGCAGGAGAAACAUGCUCAUCUAUUUCUUCCGCCAAUGGAUUGACGGAGGAUGAGUUGCUUCUUGCAAAUAACGGGCUGCAAUGCUCAGUGCUCCGUGAAGGCCAACGCAUUUGUUUGGAAGUGCCUCCACCCUCUUGUGAAAUCGAGAUAACCUUGAUGGGUCCCGCCAACAGCACCAUCAGCUGCGACAAUGCAGCCGCACAGUACAAGCUGACGCCCGAUGCUUUCAGACGGCUGAAUCCGCACAUCACUUGCCAGAAACCACUUCCUAUGAUGACAAAUGUCUGCAUUCGUGCCGCUGAAGCAGCGUCAAGUCAAAACACUCAGCUUCUUUCGGAAACAAUCAAAAUUGCGGGAGCCGAUGACCCAGAGGUUGCCCAGCUUGUUGCCCAAUAUCGUAAUAAUCCUUCAGAUGCCAACUAUUCGCUUCUCGGUCUCCGGUUGCUCAAACUCCUUGGGACGGCGAAGGGGCGUGAAACGCUGAUUCAACUCGAAAGUGGUGAUCCUUAUUUCAAAGCGCUUGCAAAGAGUAAAGCCGCCCAGCGAGCCGAGUACUGCAAGCGAUUUGAAAAAAAUUCCGAACCAGAGCUCUCCAAGUGUUUCUGUGGAAGUGAUCCUCUACUCUAUUGCAUGUCAAUUCUUCAGACCCGUAUGAAUGACGUACUCAAAGACGCUGCCACCGUCAAACUAAUUCGGAAGGCAUUCACUGAAGCCAUAAAAAAGAAUCUGACGCCGGAACGAAUUCAGCAAGCUUCCUUGCAGCAAGGCUAUGACAUUCAAGCCUUUCAGCGGGACAUCAAAGAGGCCACCAAUGGGAGGAACGCAACAGCGUUGAACGCAAGAGCACCAUCAUUGCCAGGUGUAAAAUGUGAGGCAGAUGGUGGCAUUUCCAAGCUUUUUGGAGCUUUUAGGGCUCUUCAGAAAGGAGGAAAGGCAGGAUUAAUGGAUUGGGCGAAAGACCCAGGCACCGGAAGUCCGAUCCCUGCCGAUGCGUGCCUUCUUGCCCAAUGUUGCUGGCCGAUGUGGGGAAAUCUUGCUACCACUGGAGUGCAGUUUGGUCCUUGCUUUGGUGGUGGCAUGUGCUUGGCGGACCUUGACACCAAGAAUGCGUUUGGCUCCGAGUGUACCGAGGAAGGUUGCAAGUAUGCUGGAAAUGCCUUUACCGACGUGAGCGUCCGCGACUUGCAUAUCUCUCUAUUUCUCAAGUUUUGCUUUGAAUUCAACGAUCAAGUGAAUAAAUUAUACAGUACACCAAUAAUAGGACAUAUCUUGGAAGAGAUGAGAUGUCUUUUGGAGAUUUCGUUAAAACUCUUUGCGUUCAGAGGGGACGUACAAUACGGGGCCAAACUGCAGCUGGGGCCCUUGAUUCUCGAAAUACAAGGCAACACUCAGAUAUAUCAGAGUGAUCUGUUCUGUCAAGAUCCCUGUGCACACGAUUAUUGUAGAGCAAAGAACGGAGAUACGACGGGCAAACUGAUGCUUAAAGUUGAUUAUAUCGUCGGGUCGUCCACAGUGUUUACCAAGACACUUGGAGAGCUGGAGGAAUGCAACCCAAAGGAGGAGAAGAUAUCUCAGUUAAAUAGAAAAGUUCCCAAUCCCGUUAAAGGUCGUGUUGUUGGCUCGUACUUUCCAAACUGGGUCGCAUACCAUGAUGAUCGCCUCCUUCCUCGACUUUUGGAACAAGCUCGACAUUUAACUCACAUAUAUGUGGGAUUCCAGACCAUCAGCUACAGCAUUCAGUACGACUCUUAUUAUCUCGACUUUUCGGAUCCAUGGGGAGAUCUGAACAUGUGUCGUGGGCUCCCAGACGACGAAUGCCACGCUUACAAUGGACCAGAAGUCAACUUUGAGUCGCCAGGAUGCAUGACUGCUGACAUCCCCGAAUGCGCUCCAGGAGUUGUGGCGGUAGCGCCAUACCUUGGGUAUCGUAAUCCUGACGGAUCCUGUCCCAAACCACAGGGACCGGACACCUGCGCCAACAAAGCCGGAGUACCUGGCCUGAGAAAAGUACCAUGCUAUACAGUACUCGAUGGGCCGUUCAGAAUACCCAAGGCCAAUGGAAAGCCGAGGAUUUGCGGCCAGUUUCAAUAUUUACUCCAACAAGUGAAAAUGUCAAAUCCUGAUGUUCGAGUGAUCGUAUCUAUCGGUGGCUGGUAUGACAGUCCGUACUGGAGUGUGGCUACAAGUUCAAAGUAUAUCGACCGCUUUGUUGAGUCAAUUGGACGGUGGACAGAUGUGUUUGAUUUCGAUGGGGUUGACGUAGACUGGGAGUUUCCAGGGUUCGAACACGGCGGGCAACCUGUCUAUCCCGCCACGUCCGCCCCUGGCAAUGUGGAAGAGACCACCGAUUGUAGCAAACAGCAAUGCAAUUAUCCAGAUCGUCUUCAGGACGGAGAGCGCUAUGUGAAUCUCUUGCGCAAGCUUCGAGAAAGACUUUCAAGAUCAGGACCUAUGAAGAACGGUUUGACAAUGAACAAGGUCCCAUUCGAGAUUUCCAUCGCUCCUCCCGUUGGUUUUGACAAGGUUGAGAAAAUGCACUUAGCGGAAAUGUGUCAGAAUUUGGACCACAUCAACAUGAUGGCCUACGAUCUUCACGGCUCCUGGGACGAACUCACUAACCAUCAGGCACACUUCCACGAUCAUACACCUAACGCAAAGGGUAAACAAUAUGAACUUGCGGGUGCCAUUCAGGCCUUCCUAGACGGUGGUUGUUCACCCGAUAAACUCGUGCUCGGUGUGCCAUUCUACGGACGUGCCUACAAAAAUGUUGAUCCCGGACCGAAUCCCUCUCGGCCAGGAUUGUACCAACGGCAUUCAGGGAACGCGUAUAAUGAACAAGGUAUCUUAUCGUUCCGUGAAAUUACUCAGAACCCCGCCUGGAAGACGUUCUGGGAUGAUGACGCCAAGGCCAGCGCUGCUUACAACGCUCAGGACAGAACCUUUGUCACCUAUGACUCUGUUCAAGCUGUUCAGUACAAAGUUGAAAAAAUCAAAGAGAUGGGGUUGAAAGGUGCCAUGUACUGGCUCAUGGGUCAGGAUGACGAACAGAACACACUGCUAAGAACCCUCUCAGAGGGGUUGCGCAGAUAAUUGCUUUAACUUAGGGAAUACCCUCAUACAUUACUGUCGAACGUUCUAUUAUAUCUUAGACAUCAUAGAAAUAUAAAUAGAGUCCUUGCUUAACAGAUUGAAGAUGAAAAACGUAUAUAUUAAUUCGGACUAGCAUAGUCAGUAUGCACCCAGUC